AUGGGCGAUUUUUUCAGCACUACUCAGUUCGAUAUCAACCAAAAUCAAGGCCAGCAGCAGCAACCCGAAUUUAAUGACCGUGACCAACUGAACCAUGUUCAUGUCACGCUGUCGCAGAUUGUGAAUUUGACCCGUCGUGAGGAAGGUCUGAUCAUCCAACGCCAAAAAGUCCACACUAUUACAGUCUAUGGAAUGCUGAUUAACGUCGAAGAAGGAAAUACCAAGAAUGUUUACCUGAUUGACGACUUCUCUAAGGGUGGUCCUGUGGAGGUUCAACUGUGGAAAAAUGAUAAUGAUGGCACUGGUUCAUAUAUGCCCGCGCCAUCUGUCAUGGAGAACACUUACAUUCGAGUUGUUGGUCAAGUUCGCUAUGAUGAUAAGAAGCCUUUCAUUAUAGCUUUUGAAAUCAAGACAAUAACAGAUCCGCGAGAGAUUGACAAACAUUUUCUAGAGGUGAUCAAUGACGCUCUUGUCUUGGAAAAGCGAAAGAACUAUACCUUGGCACACGGAGAAAAUGGAAACUUCUCUCGUAUGGACACAAGUGGACACUUUACCCAAGUGGACACAAAUCCUAUUCAUGCUGGAUUUAGCGAUGUUCAACGCUCGGUGCUCAAUGUUUUCCGCAAACAUGGCAACGAGCAAUCGUGCGGCCUGAAACGAUCUGACAUUCACAGCUUCUUGCCUGGUGUCAAUUCCUCAUUGAUCGAUGACGCUAUAAAUUUCCUGGUUAAUGAAGGCCACAUUUUCACGACCAACGAUGACCAUACAUUCAAGUCCACAGAGUUUAAUUAA